AGGGUCGUCAGAGACAGGGACACGGGGACGGGGGAGACGGAGCCCGCCGCACAGCACACCACAGCAAAGCUCCGACCUUGCGCUGCGCCGCCACGUUCGUCUCAUUCUCAUCCACCACUCCUCCCCUUCCUUCUCCUUGGUGCACGCACGGCUGCACCCCGUCCGGCCGUCCCAUUUCUCUAUUCCCCCACCUCCCCUCCGACCUCCCCCCUGUCUGCCUGUCUCGGUGGCGGCGGGGCUGAGCUGGGGGCUCUUCUUCCUCCAUUCCUCAAUCCUCCUCCUCCUCCUCCUCCCGAGUCAAACUCCGGCCAGCCAAACCCGCAGCCUCGACCUGCAGUCCGAGAGAUUGAUCGGGGGAUCGAGGGAAGGAGGGAACAGGCUACAGGCCCAACUCCAGCAUCAGGGAGAGGGGGAGCAAUCUUCAGGAACAACCAAACAGGAUCACCAUGCCUUCUUGCCCGCGGCGAACAAGAGCAAAAGCAGGGUAUUGAUGCCAUUUGACUCCACGGCGUGCAUCUAGCCUCCGGAGCUGAUAGACCACGGGGAAGCCAUGGCCAUGGAAGCUCACAACCUGCGGUUUGUCAGGUGCCCCAAAUGCCACCAGCUCCUCGUCGAGUACCCCUCCAUUCCUGUCUACAAGUGUGGCGGCUGCAGCACGGUUCUCAGAGCGAAACAUCGGCCUGUCCCUGCAGCACGAGCUGGAUCAGAAUCCGGGGAGUGCAGCACGGGCUCUCCGUAUAGCCUGAAGGGAUCCUCUAUCCAGAGUAGCGGAUCGAUCUGCUCGGGUGAACAGAGAGCUGUGUCCUCUGUUGAUCGGCCUCAUGAGGCCACACCUCAUGGAAGCGUGGUCUCCACUGCCAACAACAUUGAUUCCUGUGACGGCGUAGCCGACGAAAGAACUGUGUCUGCAGCAGAUAGUGGUGUAGUAACACAUGUCAAGCAUCCGAAGAACACCUGCUCCUUAACUGAUGAUGGGAAUAUCCGAAACUCUGGGGUUAUGGCCAAAGAGAAAGAGACACAUGACGAAGACACUGGGGCUGGUUCUAGUUCAGAUUUGACUGAACGAGUCGAGAACGUUGAUGCCGGUGAAAAGGCCAAUGGAGGCAAAAUCGGUGAUAUUGGCACUAGUGAACUGAGCACAACACUGUAUGAGAAAAGUCAGGCUGCUCACAGGGAGGAGAGGCCGCACACGUAUGAAGGCGUGCAUGUUGAGUCUCACAAAGCUCUGAUUGAAGAGUUGGAGAGGUCUCUUUCAUUUAGUAGUGAUGAUGAAUACUUCUCGGACGAAGCAGAAAGCAGCGGGCUUAGUGAUGCUCUGCGUAACCAAAUGGGUAGCCGCAGGUUCAGAGCGAAUGAUGCCCCCCGAAACGAUCCACAUGGUCGAUUGAUUGAAGAACUAGAGAUGUCUUUCAGCGAUGCAGAAGAGCCAUUGGAGCAGCAUGGGAUGGGUGCAGGCACAGUUCAUGGAAAUGUGCUUGACAAGGAUCCACAGGCCCUGGGUGCUAAAAGUGCACAUCCAUGUGAAGAAAGCCUCUCAUCAUUUGACAGUGGACAUCUCAAAUCUGAACAAACUUCUCAUCAGGAAAGCAGGGCAAUAGGUAAUGGCAAUCAAGGAAAUGAGCAUAUUGAAGAGAACAACAAUACUGCCAACUCUGUUCAUGGGAGUGAGCAUAUUGUGAUUGCCAAUGACGAAAUUGCAGAUAGAAUCCAUGAGAAAGAGCAUGGUAAGGAUUGCCAGCCUGCAAACAUAGAAAGUGGAUAUCCUUUUGAAGGAAGCACCUCUUCAGCCGAUGAUGGCAGUAUCGAAGUUCAGCAAAGUUUUCAACCAAGUGACCUGACAGCAGAUGCCAAUCGAGAAGUGGAAGAUGAUAAGAUAACCAAUGAUAAUCUUGUGCCUGCAGAUUCCCAUGAGAAAGAGCAUGGGAAUGAUAAUCUUUUCCUUGUGCCUGCAGAUGAAGACAUUGCAGAGAGGGUUUGUGUAAACGAAGAGCUAACAGCAGAUGGCACUCAGGAAACGGAAGAUGGCUGCAUGGAGGAUGACAACAUGACCAAUUGUGUACAUGGCAAUGAUAAUUCUAUGCUUGCAGAUGAAGACAUUGCAGAGAGAGUUCAUAAGCAUGAAGAUUUAACAACUGAUGGGACUCAGGAAGUGGAAGAGGGUUUUAUGGAAGAUAGCAACAUGACUAAUUCCGUUCAUGUCAGUGAUAAUCUUGUACUUGCAGAUGAAGACAUUGCAGAGAGAGUUCAUGGAAAUGAAGAGACAGCUGAUGGCGCUGGAGAAAAUGAAGAGAGCCUUUUGAAAAAUGAAAUUGUGAAUGUUGCUGUUGCAGAUGAGGACAUUGCAAAGAAGAUUCAUGAGAAUGAGCAUGGUAAGGAUCGGCAGUCCCUGGAGGACGAAAGUGCACAUCUGUAUGAUGGAGUCAUCACUUCGUUCAGUGCUGGAUACACCAAAUCUGAACAAAGUUUUCAACAAGAUGAGCCAAUACCUGAUGCCACUGAAGAAAAGGAAGAGGAUUUUGUGGAAGAUGGAAAUACAGCUAGCUGCAUUCAAGAAAACCGGGCAGCUGUUGCUAGGUUCUCAAGCUUGCCAAAUAAGAGGAACCAGUCCAAGUUAGCUAGCUUUAAUAAGAACAAAGAACAAAUGACCUAUAGAUCUAGAGGUAGCCAGCUUCGUCAUGGACGGUCACUUGAUUCUGAAGAUUUCCACUCAAUUCAAAACUUUAUGGAGUCACAAAUGGAUGGUACCUCAAGUUCUCUCUCAAGUGGGUCUCCCAGUCGGGGCGAUUUGGUGCACAGAACAGCAAACAAGUUCAAUAAUAACAUUAGACAUGAGCGCCUCAAAAAGAUGGAUGAACUAAGAGAUCAGCUAAGUAGGCUUUCAAGCCAGAAGGGCUCGGAGAGAAGUUACCAGAAGAGAGGCCUAGAGUACCAGCAACAAUCCAAUAGCUAUGAUGUUGAGCACCAUCUUCAAAGUGUUGAUGGUGAUUCCGCUCCAAGUUCCUGUGCUCUAGAAUCCUAUUAUGGUCAUGGAAGGCCGCCAAGGUAUCCACCACCAAAUCCUUUCUCUCCAACCCAUACAUACACACAUUGCCAUUUUGGACAUGCUCAAACGCGCCUACCACACAAUUAUGAUCCAUGGGAGUUCAAUUCAUAUUACCAGUCCUCAUACGCUGAAAGCACAAUUCUGGACCAUGAAUCACUUAGGUCAAGUUACAAGGAGCAGAAACGAGUAGUGAGAAAGCAUAUUUUGCGGCCUCUGUCAGGUGCUUCCCCAUUCACUAUCUGCAAUAGCUGUUUCAAUUUGGUUCAAAUGCCAUCAGAUAUCUACAUAUCAAAAGCAAAGGUUGGCAAAAUGCAAUGUGGCAAGUGCUCCAAGGUUCUGGCAUUAUCAUUUCCUGCAGUAUACAAUGCAAAUGCAAAGAGUAGUGUGGAUGUGGCCCAAGAGUCAUGCAACCUGGACGAUAGCAUAGUCGCUAAAAAUGAUGAUAUUGCUUCUUAUUAUGCUGAGUGCCUCACAGGGGGUCCUGUUAGUAUCAGUGAAGAUUAUGGAGCAUCGUACACAAGAAGCUUGCCUACUCAAGCUGGAUCGAGUAGCCUUGCUGCCACAGAAAGUGGCAAGAAGGUUUCUGACUCGGCACUCCAUCGACUCAUGGGGUAUGAUUCAGCUAGCCAGUUGUUACGUCACAGCAGGGUGUUUGAAGAUGGAUAUGAGAGCUUCGAGUCAAUGGUGCCAGUUUCCAGCAGAGUAUCCAGAAGAAAGAACAAAUAAGGUUUUACUCUGAAGUGUGAAACCUUCUGCUCCCUUUGCAAGCAACUAGGAAGGAGAAACAAUUUUGGAGUGUGGUCCAACCGUACCGCAGAAGCCCUUCCUAUGAUCUGAAGACAAGUUGGCAUCUUGCCAUCAAAUAGUUUCAUUAGUUUCUCAGAGAAGGUGGAAUAUUUGAACCAAUUUAGUUUUGUCAUAUUCUUUAUGGUGUAUAGAUAUUGCUUAUUCUUGUUGUAAAUUUGUUCAUAUCUGGUAUAAUGACAAUUAUUAAUACCACACUGUUGGUAAUUGUGGUCAAAAUUGAUCAUAUAGUCAGUAUACUGGUAAGUUCAGGUCUUUCGCAACUCCUGCAUGUUGAAUUAAGACCCAGAAAUGGAAGCUGUAGACAUUGUAUUGACACUAACAUAGUUCAUUUUCAUUUUA